AUGGAGUCUGCCGCUAGCAGCUGGUACCUCCAGCUUGUCUGCUUGCUCAUGGUGACCUCAGUCUAUACAAGGUCACUUUAUCACAAGAAUGUUCACGGUCAUCCGAACUCUGGGAGCCUUGGUGAAAUUGACCACGAGUGCUGGGAGUCUUCAUCCCGCAAACUGGUAGAAAUGAAAAAGCUCCGAGUAGCAGAUACAAUCCUAGGCCUUUGGGACUUCAUGAUCUUCCUAAAGGAAUCGGCCAAUCCAAAGCACAAUGCUCUGUUUGAUGGGUUAGCCCAGGACUUUUGGGACAUAUAUGUGGAUUGUGUGCUCUCCAUUUCUCAUGGUAUGGGCAGAAGAGAACUACACAGCCCAAAUCAUUUCUCAGAUAUACAUAAACCAUUAAAAGGUAAUUUUAUCAAAAUCCUGUUAUUCAUUUGAUAUUACUAUUCAUAGGUUUAAUAUUUAAAUGAAGCUUAUUUAAUGUGUGCUUUUUACUCACGAAAUAAAACAUAACGUACAUGAAUUCUGUACAGUAAAGAACUGUGAUCUUCCUUUAGUUUUAGAAGAAAAGCUCCUUUAUUUUCACAAGUAACAAAUGUCAACGGUUGAGAAUUCAUUUAGACAAAAUACGGUUACACUGAAUCCCAAACUCUAGGAUUGAUUGAAUACUGAAUCCACCACAAAUAAUUCAUAAGAAUACAAAACCUCCUGACAACUUCAUGAUGCCUCCCUCCAAUACAGAGCUCGGAGACCUGCAGCAAUUUAUCCAGGAAGGCAACAUAUUUUGUUGAAAAUUCUAUUUCUAUUCAAGUUUCUUUUAUGGUCAAAACUAUUGACUAGAGAGUUAUCCAAAUUUGAUUCGAGUUUUUCAAAAAUUUUGA